UGAGUAUAGUGGCAGAGGAGCCCCCGCGGUGGAGUCGGCCAGAGCUGCGCUUUUCCUAAAAUAUGACCAGGGGUGCUUGGAUGUGUCCGCAGCAAGAUGACGGCUUAAAAAUCUGGUUUGCACCCCGAGAGAACGAGAAGCCAUUUACCGAGUCGGAGCGGGCCCAGAGAUGGCGCCUGUCGCUGGCCUCUCUUCUCUUCAUCACGGUCCUGCUCUCUGAUCACUUGUGGUUCUGCGCCGAGGCCAAACUGACACGAACCCGAGACAAGUGGCAGGAUAAGCAGCUCGCCUUUACAGUCAUGGCCGAGUACCUAAACUCGACUCACCACCACCACAUUCCCUCCUCUGACUCCCGUUCCCCCCACAGCCGCAUAAUCAGAGAGCUAGAUGUUAUUUUUAUAGGGAAUUCUACCAAACCUCUAUGGCAACUGGACAUAUGUCACCCGGACAGCCUGUCUAAAGACUGCUUCACUUUCACGGACGCAGAGCCGGUGUGCCUUGGCCUCUCCGGGGGCGGGGAGGAGGGUAUGCAUUCGGCGGUCGUGAAUCUGAGCGAUUUGUAUCUUUCUUUUUGUAAUUCCUACUCCCUUUUGGAUUUGUUUAGCGGGUUUACGAGUCCGGACAAUAUAAACUGCAGCCUGGAUGUGGCUGAGGGAGACACGCUGGGAUGCAGCAAGUGUGUUCGCGCUUACCAGCGCUUUGACCGGCAAGCUCAGGAGGACUACCAGGAGUUUGAGCUGCUGGUUGAGAAAUAUGAGACGGAUGAAUACUCGGUCAGGACAUGUAUGGAAGAAUGCAAGAUGGUAUAUAAGCCCUGGCUGUGCUCGCAGUACUUCCAGACCACCCAGAUCCACUGCAGUAAGAGGAUCCCGUGUGGCCAGUACUGUCUGGAGGUACAGCAGAGGUGUCCCUUUAUCCUGCCUGACAACGACGAUCUCAUCUAUGGAGGAAGUCCCAGUUUUAUAUGCACAGGGCUGUUGGAGGAGUACCCUGGGGGUGUAGAGGCAGAGUGCUGUGAUGUCCGGUGGGACUUCCAGAUGGAAGCAGACAACAACCGUUCUCGGGGGACCCUCAAAAGAACUCACCCAUCCUGUCACCACCGAACCUCUCUCAGUUCCUCGGCCGCGUGCAGACUGUGCAACAGCCGGCUCAAACUCUGCCUGCUCGUCCUUGUCCUCCUGCACACUGUUGCCUCCCUCACCGCAUCCCACAAUGCAACGGGAGUGGGCUUGGGUCUUCCUGCCUCCCUCGCCCCUCUGGAGGAGAGUUCCCCCACCAACGAGGAGUGAUGGGAUGGCUGAGGACUUACGUUGUCAUGGCAA